AUGUCACGUUGUCCUGCUAUCGGAGCGGAAUGUAACUACUGUCAUAAGAAGAAUCAUUUCAUAUCGGUCUGCAGAAAACGUAAAAACAAAGUGAAAUUAAUCGAUGAUGACCAGUCGGAUUCACAAGAUUUAUCAGAGGCAAACACGCCGAGUAUCAGUUCAAAUGAGUGCGAUGUGUUAUUUGGAUUUAAGAUGUCAGAUGGGAAAAAAGUGCCAAAGAAAUGCAUUAAAUUAAAUGGAGUAGAUGUGUAUGUGUUGAUAGAUAGCGGUUCAUCGUUAAAUAUUAUUAGCGAAAUCUACCUCGAGAAAAUGAAAAUCCGUCCAGAAAUCAAGAAAACGAAAACAAAAGCAUUCGCAUUUGGGCAGAAAUCUCCACUUCCAUUCUUAGGCAAAUGUUCCCUGCUUGUGCAGUCGGACUCAAAAUUUAUGACAAAAGAUUUCCAUAUCGUUAAAGGUAACAAAGAAACAUUGAUCAGUUAUGAAUUAUCGGUAGAGCUUGGGAUUUUACCGCAAAUACAAUCAGUUCAUAAAUCAGUUCAAAGCAAAGACGCAUAUUCAGGAGGACUUAUUGAAGAAUAUUCUCAAGUUUUCACAGGCUUGGGGUGUUUGAAAGACAGAAAAGUUAAGUUUCAUAUUGAUGAACGUGUUGUACCUGUGGCUCAACCGCCUAGGAGAGUUCCAUUUCAUGUACGUGCGCAAGUCGAAAAGGAACUGAAAAGUUUAGAGGAAAUGGAUGUCAUUGAAAAGGUUAUAGGUUUACCGACACCAUGGGUUUCGAGCUUAGUAGCGGCUCCGAAACCUAAUGCUCCGCAUGAAGUGAGAGUGUGCGUAGAUAUGAGGAAAGCUAACACCGCAAUCAAAACAGAGAAAAAUGUUUGCCCGACGGCGGAUGAUAUCAUCUUGACGUUAAACGGUGCAACGGUAUUUUCACGUCUAGAUCUGUACAAAGCUUUCCAUCAAAUUGAAUUGGACGAAGCAGCACUUGUAAUGACAACGUUUCAGACACAUAUUGGACUGUUUAGGUAUAAACGUCUAAAUUUCAAGGUGUCCGCAGCACCGAUAAUUUUCCAAAACGAACUUCGUCAAGCAAAUCAAGGUCUAAAAGGCAUAUUGAAUAUUGCCGACGACAUCAUUUGUUUUGGUAAGACACAUGAGGAACACAAUGCCAAUCUUUGCGCUUUACUGCAACGUCUUCAAGAUAGAAACCUCACACUGAACAGCAUAAAAUGUUCAUUCGGACAAACUAAAAUCAAGUUCUACGGAUACCUAUUUUCCGAAUCCGGAAUUUCACCCGAUCCUGACAAAGUAAAUGCAGUGAAAAAUAUGGACAGACCAAAAUCAAUAUAUUCGAAAUCCUUCAUUUCUGGGUCUUACCAACUAUUUGUCUAA